CAACCCAACCCCCCCUCGGCCACGACAACCACCACUUCAGCAUCCAUCAUCACCUCUCUCUCUCUCUCUCUCUCUCUCUCUGCGCCAACCCAAUGGCCAUAAUUGGCUCUCUCACUCUUCUUGUAUCAAUGGCUGUUUUUAUUUUCUUUACAGGAACCAUCGUUUCAGCCACCGUCUUCACGCUCCAAAACCGUUGCAGCUACACCGUUUGGCCGGGCACAUUGUCCGGCAACGGAGCAGCUUCCCUCGGCGACGGCGGAUUCGAAUUGGCUCCGGGGGCAACCAUGCAACUCCCGGCGCCACUCGGCUGGUCGGGGCGGUUCUGGGGCCGAACCUGGUGCAACUUCGACAGCGCCGGCAACGGAAACUGCAGCACAGGCGACUGCGGGGGUCUCCAGUGCACCGGCGGCGGCGCUCCGCCCGUGACCCUGGUGGAAUUCACCCUCAACGGCGUCGACAACAAGGAUUUCUAUGACGUCAGCCUCGUCGACGGCUACAAUGUCGGAAUGGGCGUCCGCCCCACCGGGGGCGGUGGCACCGGCGACUGUCAGUACGCAGGCUGCGUGUCCGACGUGAACGGGCUCUGUCCACGGGAGCUCCAAGUGACUGGGUCGGCCGGUGGUGUGAUUGCGUGCAAGAGCGCGUGCACGGCGUUCAACACGCCGGAAUACUGCUGCACCGGGGAGCACUCGACGCCGGCGACUUGUUCGCCGACGCAGUACUCGAUGAUGUUCAAAAACGCGUGCCCAACGGCUUAUAGCUACGCUUACGACGACGCUACAAGUACUUGUACUUGUACCGGGUCGGACUACUUGAUCCAGUUUUGCCCACCCGGAUCCUAGAUGAAGGUGGCUAUUAUUUAUUUACAGUGCCACUAAUUGUCGAAACGAUUAUAAAUAUUUAUUAUUCUUGAAUAAAGUUGGGAUUGGAAAUUGAAGGGUGAUUGAUUCCAUCCAUCCAUCCAUCCAUAUACAAAUGAUGUAUUAUUAUUCAGCUCUUGGUCUUCUUGUACUUCACACGAUAACAUAUAUCCUCUGAAUUUUUUUUAUUGACUCACAUCAUAUGACAAUAAAAUUGAUCAAAUUUCUAUUUUUUCUCUUUUUAUGUGUGAUUAAUUAUUUUUUUUUAUUAUUUUAAUUACAUCAUUAUAUAUAUAUUUUUUUAAAAAAAAAUUAUUUUAACCUUUCUUUUUUAUGUAAUAAUUUAAAAUUAUUAUUAUUUUAACUAGUAUAAAAAAAUAAAUUAAAUUACCUCAUCUUACUUUAUAUUUUUUACAUAUUAAAAUAUAAAAAUUAAAUUAAUUUAAAAAUACAAAUAAUAGUGUAAUCAAAAUAACAAAAACUUUGAGUUAUCAAAAAAAUAUUAAAUUGACUAAAGA